GCAAUAAAAUCGGUGAUAAAGGAGCAUAAAAUAUUGGUUUAGGUUUGAGUAACUGCACUCAACUUACAAAUUUAGAAUUUGACAUAAGAGGAAAUUAAAUUGGGCAUGAUGGAGCUUCUACUAUUGGUGCAGCACUUGGUAACUUCAAGUUCCUAACUAAUCUCAAAUUUAACAUUUCGGGCAAUUAAAUCGGUGAUAAAGGAGCAUAAAAUAUUGGAUUAGGUUUGAGUAAUUGCACUCUACUAACAAAUUUAAUUUUUAGCUCAGAGUAAUUUUGA